AUGCUGUUCAAGAUUCUUUGGAUUCAGCGAGUCUGGGAACUGGGUGGCAAUGUCAUGCCCAAGCCACGUCAAAUCUUUGUCACCAAAUCUAGAAUGCUGGCGACAAAAGUAGAAGAAUACUUCAAACGCCUUCUCGAGUCCCUGUCAAUGUCAGACUAUACGCUGCCCGAAAUUGCGAAACUCAAGGCACGAAGCAUGGAGGACGAUCUUAUUGAUCCUGACGAUGCUCCCGAGUCGCAGAUGAAUAUACCAGCGAGAUACAGCGAACUUGAGGACAAACACUUUCCUUUGUUCGUGACUUUUGAUCGACUAGCAAGGAUGAUUGCAGCUGAUAUAUUCAACAUGGACGAUCCAGAGACGAGGCGUAGCGCUGAGCUGUUCUUCGACACUAAUGAUGCAGAAGCGCAUGACUCGUUUGUCACCUAUGAUGUAUUUGAAAAGCAAUAUUGGCCGCAUUUUCCGCAGGGUCUGACCAAGAACCUUAGUAAUACUGCUUCUUUUCUGUUAGAUGAUGCACUCACGUAUCCCACCCAGAUUCAUGGUAUCAUUAAAGGUUCCGAGCAGGCGUUGAGCUUUCCAGAUGGAUUUCUCGACCGUCCAAGUUACCUUUGUCUUCCCUGUCGAUCCAAUCCAGUCUUUGCCAACCAGAGACACUCACUCUAUGAUAUAUUCGAGAUCUACAUGAAAUUCAAGAAGCAGAAACGCCACUUUGAUGUAGCGGAUCGUACGCAUGCGAUACUCAAGGCCUUGCGAAAUCAAAAAUUUCCUGGUCAACAGGUUGAUCAUAUAUAUGUCGAUGAGGCGCAAGACAAUCUUCUAAUCGAUGCGCUGGUUUUGAGGCGAUUGUGUAGGCAUUCAAAUGGUCUUUUCUGGGCUGGGGAUACUGCGCAAACGAUUUCUGCUGGAAGUUCCUUCAGGUUCAACGAUCUGAAAGCAUUUGUCUAUCGUAUGGAGCGCAACAGUAGCUCGGUAACUCCCGCUGGAGCUCCUGUGCAUCAACCAACGAUGUUCCAGCUGGGUAUCAACUACAGAUCACACAAUGGCAUCGUAAACUGUGCUCACUCUGUCAUUGAGCUCAUCACGAAGUUUUGGCCAAACGCAAUUGAUCACCUUCAACCUGAAAAGGGGGCAGUUGAUGGAGUGAAGCCAGUAUUUUUCACGCACUUGGAUAAUGACGCUCACUUCAAACAGGUUUUUGGUCGGGGAGAGAGCUUGGAGCCCGCCAGUGCAUACUUGUGCGGAACGAAGCGGCGGUCAAGGCCGUACAAGACAAAUUCGCGUCUGCUCGGGACACUCUACGACAGUUCUGUUGUACAACUUUUUCGGAGAUUCCGCCGUAGAUGCCUCACGCUGGCGGGUAGUUCCUCAACGGGGUGCAGGGUCAAGGAUAUGCGCCUGAUUUUUAUCGUGACGAGACUCGGUACGCUGCAAUAUGUAGUGAGGCAAUUGAAACUCCUCUACGUGGGAAUUACCCGUGCAAGGAGGAACGUAUGGAUCCUUGAUACAUCGGACAAGUCUGAUGCUAUGCGCAUUUUCUGGGAGUCUCAAAAUCUGAUCCGCACUUGUGCCCGAAGCACAGAUGUUCCUCCUCUAGCUACCUCUUCUACUCCGGAAGAGUGGGCAUCCUCCGGGCGCUCGCUGUUCUUCCACCAGCGCUACUCACAGGCUAUACAUUGCUUCGAGCGUGCUAACCUGCAUCGCGAAGUGAAGGUUUGCAAAGCUUAUCUACUACGGAAGGCAGCGCGUUCCACUGUAGGAGUGGCCUUGCCUAGCGUUCAACAAAGGGCUUUUACUGCGGCAGCAGAUGCCUUUGUUGAAUGUGCUGCAGCUGCUACGGGCAACGAGAGACGUCAAUAUUACCGCACCUCGGCGUAUUGCUACAUCCGAGGAGGACAAGACCUCAAAGCUGCUGAUAGCUAUCUCAAAGCUGAAGAGUUUGAGUUAGCUGCAAAGAGCUAUCGCAAGGCUGGAUCAUUUGACAGGACGCUGUAUGUCCUCACUGACCACCGCGCUGUGAUUCCUGAGAAGACCGCAACAGAGUUGUGGAUGGUAUGUCGGCUUCAUUACUGCAGCAGAAACAACGAUCAAGCCCCUGUGCCACUAUUCUCUUCGUUUGAUGAGGAACUCAAGUUUUUAGAGGAAUACGACUUGGAUCGUGCCCGUGUUUCCCUUCUGGAGUCUCACUCGAUGUACUAUGAGGUUGCGGAGAUACACUUAUCAGAGAAUCGCCCCAUGGAAGCAGUUCAAGCGUUCCUCAAGGACAAUGGAAAACUUGAUUCAGCUGCUCGUGCGGCCCGCACUCUUCUGGAAUUCAUGUGGCGCAAAUGCUCAUUCAGGAUCACCCCUGAAGCCGCCGCUGUCAACGAAUCAGUGCGGCAAGCUAUGGUCCUCGCUGAUCAGCUGCAAAUGAAGAAACUGGAGCCCAUGACUUGUAAUUUGAUUUUGAUGUUUCAGGGUAUCUUACGAGAAGAUCAUGGAUCGUUGAAGAAACUCGCCCUUACCUUCCGAGAACAUGGUCAUCACGCUGCCGCUCUCCUUUGCCUGGAUCACUUCUUCACACAAUUGACAGACAUUCGUCCUUUCCAGCUCCACGAAAUGGCAAGUUUUCUUGAAACGUUCCAUACCUAUGCACAACUACUCUACCAAACCUCGAUCAUGCCUGACCCCUUGGGGCGCCGGGAGUGCGAUGUACAAAGACUAUUAUCAAUCGUGUCACUGCCGGGCGACGAGUUCCUCAUACCGAGUGGAACAUUCCUUUGUGACAACGUGACGGAAACUUCUCGGAAUUACCGUCUGGUCUCGAUGCCUCAAUCCGGAUAUAAGGCCUCUCGUAGAGACGCAACAGAAUUGAUCCAUUUGUCCAUUCGAACUGUGUUGAAGGACAAGGUUUUGGAACUCGAUAAAAUGUGUUGCAGCGCUCCAGUAUUUUUGCAACGCUUGCCAUCUGUCUCCUGGACGUGUCAAAGAGAGCCAUGCCCUCAGAAACAGGUCGCGAUAUCGAGUACGGACCACGUGCAGUACAACACCCAUGUUGCGAUCCAUAUGCAACUAAUUCUCAUCUUACAACUCUUAUACUCCGCGCAUCCUAGAUGGGCAAGCAUGAGGGACUGGCUCGAACACCUUUACGAGGCGCUGGCUCCGCCCCUGUUCAUUCAAGGUUCCUUUGCGGACCUCGAUUUGACCCUCACUCCUUACGGUUUAGCUGGCCUGAGUGUGGUGAAGAACUGGAUUCGCGAAACUUUCUAUAGUUUGAACCCAUCCAAGAGCCCUCAAUUCCUGACGACCUUGAUGAGAAUCACCAGUUUGAGUUUCGCUUUCGACCGGAAUGCUGCUCCCGCCUACAUUGCUGAGGCAAUGUGUGUCACCAAACAUAGAUUUACCAAGCUCAUCCGACAGCCAGAUAAUCGCUACCUAGUGAUGGACAUGUUUAAUUCCUAUCGAGGAGCUACUCCCAGCAGUAUAUCAUCGGGAAUUCUGUUUCUACUGUAUGUCUUCAACAACGGUCUACACGUCAAUCUAUCUGUUCUAUGCGAUUGCAUUGAGGAUAUUUUUGCCUCUUUUGUUAUAAAUCACAGAAUGGAUCCCACUCUGGACGAACUUCCAUUGAACGGUGCCGUUCUUCCAUCCAACUGGUUGAUCUUUCCCCACAAGUUUCUUGUGAAAAAAGAUGUCAAACCGGAGUCAAUAAGCUCGCUCUUGGAUGUGAUAGGAAAUCUAAUAUGGAGAUUGCGCAUGGGUAGUGCCAUGGGUUCUUUGUGGCUUGCACAUAUGACAAAUAUCACACCGUUGCUUCGCGAUGCUUUCAUCUUCCGGCUUUGCAGAACUCUUUGCCUUGUCGCUCACAAUACACAGUACCCCAUGGUCAAGCGCAAAGUGAAUUCGAUCGUGCUUCAUCUGCACAGACUUGACACCAAUAGACCUCGGUGCCCUGCAUACUAUCAAAAACUCGUGGACGACGUCGUCGAUCAUAUGGCGCUUUUGCCCCAUAGAGGAAUGCCUCGCUUGGAUGGCUAUCUGCGAGCUAUUCUCGAUUGCGAUACCAACAAUGCUGCGAGCGAUCUUGUCAAACUUAUUCACAAGACGAGGCAAUCUAUUCAAAUCUCGUCGGUGCGGCAACUGCUGUAUGAAAAGGCUAGUGACAUUCCCUAUCUUCUUUCUUCGCAUAUGGUUGCUGCACAGUCUAUGCUGAGGGCGGAGGCCGCUGCCUUCAUCCCUCGCAUGCAGCGUCCCAAAGAUGGCGUAGAGAUUCAUCCGGCCGAGAAGAAGAAAUUUGAGCCCCAGGAGGCGGGUAGAGAGGAAGUAAAGGAGAAAGAAGUUCUAAUGGUUGUUGAUUCUGAGGCCACUGAUGACAUGGAAGAUAUGGACGAGGCAGUCACAUCCCUUGACCUUAUGCCAGACGAGUCCCUUUGCCCCAACGGGCCAUCGGAAGAGCAGGAAUCGGCUGCUCGCACGAUUCAGUAUGCAUAUCGCUAUCACGUUUGGCAUCGUUCAGGCUCUGCUGUAGAUGCAGAACUCCAUGCGAUAUUCACGACAUGCCUCAAGGAGACGCGGUUCUCUAAAUGGCGUCCAAGUUACUACCGUCUUCUUUUCCUCGGACCAUUUCCCCACCUUCUGGCGUGCCUGGAACAGGGCAUUGCUCUAACUCACGCUGCCAAAGUAAAGACGAAAGACCUGUUCAACACCGAGUCUCAUGAAAAGCUUGAGGAGUUGGGCAGGCAGAGAAGCGAGAUCACAUUGCUCCUCAAAAAAGGCAUGCAAUUGCGUGGUAAGCUAGAGCCUUCCUCACCAGAUCAUCGUACCCGGGACAUCGACGCUCUCAAACGCGCGGUUUUAGAGGUCGGGAGAGUUCAUUCAGAAAGUUCCUGGCAGCACGACGGAUAUGCAAGCUAA